UAAGAAAGUGCAUCGAAACAGUUACACUACACUGUUUUGGUGAUGGUGGUGCAUUGAUUAAUCACAUCCUGCUUUGCUUGGACUGUCAGUCAUUUUCUUUCUUAUCGUGUCAACAGACGGAAAACUUUGUUCGUUUCGCGUGGAAAAAUCGACUUUUUCGUGAUAAAUCGCGUCCCGUUCGUGGCCAAUGUGUGUUCUCCCGCAAGCGAAGGUUGCGGUGCGUGUUUAAAUGUUACUAAAAACUGCCAAAAUGCCGGCGAUUCGUGAUAGUCAUGUGGUGAAAAUUGCCGUCCAAUUCGCGUCGGAAAUCGCUCAGCUCAUCGAGUUCGAUCAGCGCCAGCCGCUGGCGGCGAUUAUUCAGAAUUUGUGUCCGUACUGGACGAUUCAGGAUCCGGAAAGUUACGCGCUGCGGUUUACGGAUAACUGUUUCUAUGUGACGGAGAAAAACCGUCAUGAGGUGAAGAAUGGGUCGGUGCUGAGGAUGGCCCACUCGCCGUCGAAGAUGGCCAGUGACAUUCUGGAGAAGCUGCAGACGGGGAAGGUCGACGAGAUGAUGAAGGUGCUGAAGGAUUUGCCUGGGUUGAGUCAGGAUAUCACGUUUGCUCUGGAAUUUAUCAAGGAACAAGGACUGGAUCUCAUUGUGAGCAUAAUAGAGGAACCUAAAUUCGGCGAAAAUAUUCUGAAUUACGCAUUGUCCGCUUUCGUGAAACUGAUGUACCAUGGAACCAUUUCCUGGGAUGUUUUGCAACCGUCUUUCAUCCAAAGGAAUAUUGCUUUCAUCAGCACUAGUAAUAACAAGGAAAUUAUCCAGUCAGCGCUGACGAUUCUGGAAAAUGUCGUCCAGAACAGCAGCAACCAUGCGUUGGUGGAGCGGGAUGUUACUUUGGAGAUGUUGCUAAAACUUCUGCAGGACUCUCCUUCAACUUCGGCGGUUAAUACAAUCGCUCUUAUAAAUGCGCUUUUUCUAAAGGCUGAUGAUGCCAAGCGUAAGGUUAUUGCUGCUACGUUCAGUUCCAAGCAGUAUCGUAGUGUCAUUAAUAGCGUCAUUACGGCAGGCACUGGAACUGGAACUAUCACUGAGAUCGCCCAUCAAUUGUAUGUCCUGCAAACGCUAAUUCUUGGUUUGCUGGAGCAACCGAUGAAAACCCCGAUCGAUCCGCAGGAUCAAGAUGCUCAGGAUAAGAUAAAGGAGCUUCGCAGAAUUGCAUUUGAAGCUGACGGAAUUGAUCCCGUACCAGAUGUGACUGCGCGUCGCCAACACGGUGGGUCCUAUUCCACUCAUUACAAAAAGCUGGGCUUCAAAUGUGAUAUCAACCCAGCUCAGGAUUUUAUGGAAGUCCCACCUGGAGUGCUAGCUUUGGAUUGCAUGGUCUAUUUCGCACGCAAUUACACCCAGAACUAUACCAAAGUCGUGCAUGAAAAUAGUUGCCGAGCAGACGAGCAUGAGUGCCCUUUUGGAAGGACCAGCAUCGAGCUCGUCAAAGUUCUAUGUGACAUCCUCCGCAUCGGAGAAUCUUCCCUGGAACAGGGACAGGACUUCCACCCAAUGUUCUUCACUCAUGAUCACCCAUUCGAGGAAUUUUUCUGCAUUUGCAUCGUGGUUCUAAACCGAACAUGGAAAGACAUGCGUGCCACCACGGAAGACUUCGUCAAAGUUUUCAGCGUCGUUCGGGAGCAGAUCACUCGUAGCAUCACAGGGCGCCCAGCGUCCCUCGAAGACUUCAAAACCAAAAUCAACACUUUCACCUACAACACCAUCACCACGCUGCGUCAACAGGAAAGAACCUCUCGCGAGGAAUGCGAAUCCACGGCUUCCGCCAUUGUCUCCCUCAAGGAAAAAAUAACCCCGGAAAUAAUGUCCCUCAUCAAGGAACAACGGUUAGGCUACCUGGUAGUCGGCACCCGCUUCUCCAAGUAUAGCGGUGGCAAACGCGAGCGCGACAAGUACUGGUACGCUCGCCUGUCCCCCAACCACAAGGUCAUCCACUACGGCGACUGCGACGAGAAAACGGUCCCAACCCUCGAAGAACUCAACAACAAACUCCCGGUCAUCGACAUUCGCCAGAUGCUCGUCGGAAAGGAGUGCCCCCACAUGAAGGAAAUGCGUGCCAAGAAAUCUACUUUCCCACUCGGAUUCUCCCUCGUAGCCGAAUCCAGCGAUCAACAAACGCUAGACUUCGUGGCCCCGGACGAGGCCACCUUCAACUACUGGACCGAUGGCAUAAAUGCCCUCCUCGACCAACCGAUGCUCAGCAAGCAAAAGGACGAAGACUUCGAGACGCUACUCUCGAUGGAGAUUAAGCUGCGUCUGCUGGACACCGAAGGGGUGGACAUCAGUAAGGAUCCUCCGCCGAUUCCACCGGAGCCCGAGAACUACGACUUCUGCUUCGAUAGCUAAAGAGGUAAGCUGCUGGCAUUUCCUUCGUGAAUUACUCCCCCGAUCAUAUUACGAACCAUGAUGAUAUGUGCAUGUACGAUUUUAUUUAUGUCGGAUAUCAAGAACCAAAGUUUUUUGUCUUUCUUUUUCGUGCCUAUGUUAUUAAAUUAUGUUUUUAAACUUUCGGAUGAGAAGAAUGAAAUUUUAGUUGUAAGUUUGUAGUACUCAUUCCGGUACUACACGAGUGCCCGAUUUCGCAGAAUGACCGACAGUAGUGUUGUCUUGAUAGAUCUAAACUUUCAGAAAUUUUACAAAGAUGAAGAAUUAGAGUAGUCACAAUUUUUAAAAAGAGAACAAAGAAAUUUCUUAUCAUUCCAAUCCAAGACGUCAAACUUCUAUGAAUGCCAUUAAUACUUUUUUUUGUCUAGUUCAUUUAUUUAUGGCUCAAUCGCGUAUAACGCUUUACGGAGCCGCAAUUCAUUAUUUGUAUUCAGUUACAUACAAUUUUCUGACUUUCUUAGGUACUCAAGGUUAGUACUGAGCGGAGGCCAGGGUACUCGUGGCUGCUCGAGGUUAGCGGGUCACAAAAUUUUAAGGAAAGGCAUGGUGAAGAUAAAGUUUCAGGGUUCUCUGUAGCACAUCCGGGAGGUAUCUUGGCUUUUGGCGUCGCCUCUGGUGUUGGCAUGGGCUUGUCACGGGGUUUCGUCUGCCGGAUGGCCAGGAACAUAUAACACAAAAAAGACAAAACACAAAGAAAAAAAAACUGAAGCGAAAAAAAAAACAGAAGAUAAUACCUUUAUACAACACAUGCGAAGAAACUCAUAAAUGGACCGCAUAUAGAUUAGAUCGCGGGUUCCCAACACAUCUCUUACUGGAACAAAGGGUUGUCUACCUCGGGCCUCAAGGGUAUCCAAUAGUAGCGCUCUGGAGGCGUCAUUAUCCGGGCAUUGCCAAACUACGUGGUCGAUGUCAUCAUAACCGGAACCGCACUUAGUGCAAAGAUUGUCGAGCGCAAGAUUUAUUCUAUGCAAAUGCGCGCCUAGCGAGUAAUGGUUGGACAUAAGUCUUGGCAUCACACGUAUGAAGUCUCGACCUACAUCCAAACCGUAAUGCCACGCUCGCAAAGAAACAUUAGGAAUAAUAGAAUGUAACCACCGUCCCAGUUGGCCAUCUCGCCAAUCAUGUUGCCAACUUUAAAGAGAACUCUGACGAACUAAAUGGAAAAAUUCCAUAAAUUCUAUAAAUUGCCAUAAAUUGAGCAAUGUGAGGGGACCCAUACAAUGGUAAUCUUGUAUGAUCUUUCGACCAGCGCACCCAUCUGCUCCCUUAUUUUUGUAAGAAAAUAAGAUGAAUGCUUUACAGAUUUCAUCGACCGGAGUGCCUCAAUAGAACUAAGACUAUCCGAGAAGAUGAAGAAAUGGUCUGCGGGCAUGUUUGAGAUCAUCCCCAAGGCGAAGUCGAUUGCUGCCAGCUCAGCAACAUAAACCGAACAAGGUUCCUGAAGUUUGCGGAAGGCGGUGGAGUUUUCAUUGAAAACACCGAAACCAGUGGAUCCAUUUAUGCGAGACCCAUCAGUGAAGAAUCUCUUACAGGAAUUGACAUGUUGGUACUUUUCGUUAAAAAUGCGAGGAAUAGAUAUACAUCGAAGUUGAUCUGGUAUUCCAUGAAUAGCUUGUUUCAUGGACAGAUCGUAUUUAACAGAGGUACUGUCAUUAGUGAAGUGUACACGGGGAGGAUUAUAACUUGGUAGGCUUAUGUCAGAUGACAUGUAGAAAAGAUAGAUUCUCAUGAAUUUUGACUGAGUGUUCAGACUGAGCAUUUCUUCGAAGUUUUCAAAAACAAGUGUGUUGCUCACUCCACACUUGAUAAGUAACCUUAGCGAGAGCUCCCAGAAGCGGUUCUGGAGAGGUUUCACCCCUGCCAGGACCUCUAGGCUCGCAUUAUGCGUUGAGUGCAUAUAGCCAAGGGCAAUACGCAAACAACGGUAUUGAAUUCGUUCCAGUCUUAUUAGGUGACAGUUUGCUGCUGAGUGGAAGCAGAAAGAGCCAUACUCAAUAACAGAGAGAAUAGUCGUUUUGUAAAGUUUUAUGAGGUCUUCCGGGUGAGCACCCCACCAUGUUCCGGUAAUUGUGCGUAGAAAAUCGAUCCUUUGUUGACAUUUUUGCACCAAAUACUUGAUUUGGGUACCCCAAGUGCCUUUUGAAUCAAACCAGACCCCAAGGUAUUUCGAAGUCAAAGAUUGGUCGAUUUCUAUUCCCAAAAGAUUGUGUUUCAGUUGGGCUGGGUUCCGCUUUCUAGAAAACACAACCAAUCGAGUUUUUUGCGGAGCAAACUCGAUCCCCAAAUCUCUUGCCCAGGUUGACAGAUUGUUUAGAGGAUUUUGCAAUGGUCUUUGCAACAUUUCUGCAUGUGGGCCUUUUAGAGAAACCACAGCAUCAUCUGCAAGUCCACUAUUAUGCAGUUUUUCUGACAAUAUUCCUAUGGAAACUGAAUCAAAGGCGCCCUUAAUAUCCAAGAAAACUGAAGCCAGUUGCUCCUUUCCCGCAUAGGCCAGUUGAAUAUCUGUUGAAAGCAACGCUAGACAAUCGUUUGUUCCUUUGCCCUUGCGAAACCCGAACUGUGUAUUUGAAAGCAAUUUAUUCGAUUCAACCCAAUGGUCGAGUCGCGAUAGGAUCAUUUUUUUCUAACAAUUUCCUUAAACAUGAUAACAUAGCAAUUGGGCGGUAUGAAUUAUGAUCAGACGCUGGUUUACCAGGCUUUUGAAUAGCUAUUACUUUGACCUGUCUCCAUUCUGGCGGAACAAUGUUGUUCUCCAUGAAUGAGUUGAACAGGUCUAAUAAUUGUCUUUUUGCGAUAUCUGGGAGAUUCUUAAGAAGAUUGAACUUGAUCAUAUCGCGUCCCGGAGCGGAAUUAUUUGAUGAAAAAAGAGCCAUAGAAAAUUCCAACAUAGCGAAGGGUCUGUCCAGAGAACCGUCUCUUGAGGAUGUUUCCCAAGAAAUCGGUUGUGCUGGGACUGAGUCUGGGCAGACGUUUUUCGUGAAGCUGAAUAUCCAACGGUUAAAGUAUUCAUCACUCUCAUUAGAAGAAGAGCGGUUUCGCAUAUUGCGAGCCACUCUCCAAAGCGUUGUCAUUGAAGUUUCUCUUGAGAGACCCUCAAUGAAGUGUCGCCAAUAACUACGCUUUUUCGCUUUCAGCAGGUUCUUCAGCUGUCUUUCGUGCUUAGCAUACUCUUGAAAAAGAUCUGAAGUACCAUGCCUACGAAAAGCUUUGAAAGCAUCAGAUUUUUUAAGAUACAACUGGGUGCAAUCAUCAUCCCAGCCUAGUGUGGCUGGUUUUCUUUUGAAAGUUGCACUUGGAACUCGUCGUUUUUGUGAUUCUAAUGCACCAAGAGUGUUUAUAUCAGUUCAGACAGGAAUCGAUACUCAUCCAAAGGUGGGAACCCCCUCCUUUAUUCGAUGCCAAAAGAUACGGCUUCUGCAUAUUUUUGCCAAUCGAUAUUCCUUGUGAGGUCAAAAGGAACCUGAAUUGGUUGGACUGACCUUUCACUAUAAUGCUUUAUGGUGGUUAUAAUGGGCAAGUGAUCACUACCAUGAGGAUCCUCGAUUACCUUCCACAAGCAAUCGAAUGAUAGUGAACUUGAUCUCAGUGAUAGGUCUAGACGACUUUCUUUGCCGUCAGAUGCAGUACGUGUCACUUCACCUGUAUUUAAAAUGUUCAAAUUGAAAUCGUCGCACAAAUCAUAAAAAAAUGACCGCUCUAUUAUCGUCAUAUGGUUCGCCCCACCCUGUACCAUGUGCGUUCAUAUCACCCAGAAUCAAAACUGGAUGUUGAUAGUGCAGAAACCGCAUUCCAAAGAUGACGGCGGUUAAUAGAAAUUCUUGGAGGAAUGUAAACGGAAGCUACGCAAAGAUCUUUACCCUUUACGUUUAUUUGGCAAGCGACGAUAUCUACGCCAGGAUGAGUUGGGAUUGGAAUUUUAUAAAAUGAGUAACUUUUUUUGAUCCCCAAAAGUACUCCUCCGUAAUGGUCAUCUCGGUCUUGCCGAAUAAUGUUAAAAUCGUGGAAGCUGAGUUCGUCUUCAGAAGAAAGCCAUGUUUCACAAAGUGCAAAUAUAUCACAAUCAGAGUUGUGAACCAAAAAUUUAAACAGGUCUAAUUUAGGUUUUAAACUAUGACAGUUCCACUGUAGUACAGUGAUCACAUCUUGAACCUCGGUUGAUGAAUUAUCCAUCAAAAGAUAUGAUCGAAGCAAGGAGGGGCCAUGAUUGUGUCAAAUUCCGAAGAUACUCUUCUACUGCUUGGAGAAAAAUGUCUAGUAUGCCUCUGAGGGAGUCGGAAAGUCCGAGGGCAUCAUAUAAGCGAUCCACAAGAGCCCUAAAAGUGAACAGUCCUCGUUUGGGCUUGAUAGGUUUUGGUGAAAUUCGAGGGGCUUUUGUGGCUUUUUUCUUGCCACCUUGUCGAGAAUUUCUUUUUGAAGUAUACUUAACAGUUGGAGGCGGAGCUUCUAGGUCCUUGCUACAGCAAGGAACUGCACCAUCAGAGACUUGCUUCUUCGGAGUUUUUAAAUUCCCUCCGCCUCCUUUGGUAGUUGUCAAACUUUUGAGGGAAGACUUUAAGAAAACCUUUCGGCGCAAUCCCGGGGAAGAUGGUGACUUCCUUUUUCCGGAUGCGUGUACCUCCGAAAAGGAUCCACCCUCAUCAGUUUCGCCAUCGUCCUGAUCAUCGGAAGACAACUCCUGAUAGGGAUUUUCAACUGGGACAGCUGACUCAGACAUUAUAGCGGGCGGAUUCGAUGAUUUCACCAUUUCCGCGUAUGUCUUCUUGGAGCGCUUAAUUAUGGAGCGACUCUCAUUUUGAAUACGCUUUUUAUGGGCCGGGCAUUUUUGCAAGUCGUGAAGUUCUUUACCACAGUAGCUACAUUUUUCAGUUUUUUUUUUUCUUUAAUUUAACCUGGACUUUCUCAUUACAUUUUUCCAGAGUGCGUUCUGGGACUUCUGCAGAAGCUAUCGCUGAUAUUUCUCAUGGCGUUAAGGAAUAUUAAGGAAAUUCAAAUAGGAACUCUGAAAAUUUCUGUUGUUCGCAGCUCCUUACGGUCAAAGACGCCAAACUCUCUCCGGUCGAUAUCCUUCGACGUCCAAGUCUCGUGGUCGUAUAGAGCAGAAUCCGUGUCUUACACAUCGCGAAACUUUAUCUUCGAACAACGGGGUUUCAGAUAUUUACGGAGCCUGUAGAAAGUGGGAUUUUCAACUCGUGUGUAGGCACAUCAUUAUCGCACACGUCACUAGAGAUCCAAGGUACACAAUUCUUCUACUACAUAUGUCAAAUUUUCACAACCUAAUAUCACUUCGCUACCAAAAUCGCGAUUGGAUCCACGUUGUCUACCAUUUACUUCAUCUUUCUUGUUCUGAUUGUUAGACAAAUGUUGGCUAUUCUCUUUUGAAAAUGUAAGAAUUGCUGAUGGUUCAUUCGAGACAAAUAAUAAACAACAAAUUCAAGACCGCAGUUCCAAUCCUCCUAAGAUAACGGGAGACGUCGAAAUCUUACCCUCAGCCAGUAUUCACUUGAUUCUGAUCCAUCCAGCAUUGCACGAAUCAGAUUGUUUCAGUGUAUCAGGUUCGUCGCAUCCAAUCUGCUAUAACUCGUUUCUUAUCACUGAAUUUGCAUAUCACUAAAUCUUCAUUUAAAAAGUAUUCUGGCCAUUCUUUCAAAUAUCCAGCUACCGAUAAACGACAUAGAUUUUGUUAAGAAUGUUUUAUUCAAAGCAUUGAAGCCGAUAAAAUUGAUGACAAAAAUAUUUGUUCUUUUGACAUUUGGUUUAGUACACACCAACUCUUAAACAGUAGCAUCAUGCCGAUACAUAAUCGUCGUAUAUCUACAAAUAAUUUUCACAAGUAUUCACUGCUGUCGCAUCGCUUCUCGGAAUAUGUGUUAUUGUAGUUUCGGAAUGGCCUGUAGGUAGGUUAAUCUAAGUAUUUCAACACAAAACUAUUCGUUGUGCAAUCUAAAGAAUAUCAUCAAACACUCCCAUACAUAUUAGUUUUAAAUGGAAACUAUUGUGCACAUUCGUAGUUAUUACUUCGGAGAUGCGGUGACGUAUUAUUAAAUAUAAACUAUAUAUCUGCGACUUUGAUUUUUAACGUAACAUUCAGUUCAUACGAACUUUAGAUUUAUUACUUUUAUCCAACAUAUACGCGAUUUUAAGUAUUCAAAUAUGCCAUUCCUCCCGUAAAGCAUCUGCUUUUAUUUAAACAUUUGGAAAACUUAACAUCAACCGUCAUAGAAACGUGUGAAAUAUUUUCGAACAUUUGUAUUGAUUGGAACUAUGUUGAAUACAAACAAAAAAAGCCAAAAUUAAUAGUGAACAGUAUAUAUCGCAAACGCAAAUCGAAACAUUCGUGUACUCAUACAAUUGGAGGAAUAAUAAACGUGUUUUAUAACCAAUGAA